CUCUAUUAUUAGUUUCAUUUCUGUUAUUGAUUAGUUCUAACUAAUCUCUUGUAAUUUUUUGUAUAUAAGAUACUGAACCUUCUAAUUCAGUAGUUGAGAAAUAUACAUAAUCCUCUUUCUUCUUCUCUUGAGUUUUCUAAACCUAACAUGCUAUCAGACAUUUCUCUUUGACAAGCUCUUCGAUCCGAUUUUUUUUUUUCAACAAUGGCUCAAUCUUAUGAUGCUACUCCAAUUGCUUCCGCUACUACAAAUCUUCCACGAACAAACUCAGUCCAUUUUGCUCAUUCACUCUCAAUUCGUCUUGAUGAACACAACUUCUUGCCAUGGAAACAUAAAGUCUUCCAUGCCAUUAGGGGCAAUGGUUUACAAAAAAUUCUUGAUGAUUCAAAUACUCCACAAAAAUUUCUCACUGAAACUGAUCAACUGACCAAUCGCCUCAACCCUGAUUUUCAAGAUAGGGAGGAACAAGAUAGUCUCCUCAUUUCUUAGCUUCUGUCUUCAAUGUCAGAGAAGAUGACCAACCAGAUGAUUGGCCGAGACACAACAUCUCAGAUCUGGAAUGCUCUCUCUGACUGCUACACUGCUCAGAAUAGAGCUAAGAUAAGUCAAUUUCAAACUCUUCUUCGUAAUACUUGUAUGAUUGGAUCUUUGAGUGAAUAUCUGUUGAAGAUAAAGAACAUUGUUGAUAUUCUUGCCUCUAUAGGUCAUAAAACUUCUGAACAAGAUCACAUUGAAGCCAUUUUCAAUGGAUUAACCAAAGAUUAUGAAGUAUUCAUUACCUCUGUUAAUACCAGAAAUGAUCCUUAUACUGUAGCUGGAAUAGAAGCACUAUUGAUGGCGCAAGAGGUCCGAAUUGAUAAAGGCCUCAAAGAACUCGACAUCACCACUGCUGAAGCGAAUCUUGCACCCCAAUCUCGACCUAACACCUCAAGAGGAAACUACAACAACGGUGGUUCUCGACAUGGGUACUCAAGAGGCAGCUUCUCACACUCAGGCUUUCCGUCUCAACAAUUUAGGAAUUCGACCUCUUUUCCCAACACUACCAUUCGAAACUCAUUCCCUCGAGCUCAACGUGGGAUGUAUGCCAAUCAUGGAAGUUCGAGGGCUCCCUCUCCUGCAGGUUGUUCUUCCUUCACUCCUUGGGGUCAAAAAUCUCAAUGCCAACUUUGCCAUAAAAAAGGACACUCUGUCAAGACUUGUUUCUACUGUUUUGACAAGUCCAUGGUCCAGAAUCCUUUCAAAGCUUCCCUCCAACUACCAGCUUUAGUGGUGAUAUGCAAGCGAUGCUAGCAACUCCUGAAGCUGUCUAUGACAAUAGCUGGUACCCGGAUUUAGGAGCUAGUCAUCACCUUACUCCAGACAAUGGAAAUCUCAUACAAACGUCUGAAAACUUUGGCGAUGAACAAAUUCACAUGGGUAACGGAAUCGAGUACAGGGAGGACUUUGCUAGUUGGGAAGCGCCAUAAGGGGCUAUAUAUAUUUGAUCCCACUCAACUUUCCAUUCUGUCCAAGUCUCAUAUACAACAACCAAAUACUACUACAACCACCAUUUCCAAGUUUGAAUCAAAUUGUUCAACUAUUUCUGCAACUACUCGUUUAAAUACACAGUUGUCUAAAACCAGCCUUGAUUUGUGGCAUUCUCGUUUGGGUCACCCUUCAAUUGGAGUUGUAAAAUUGGUACUCAAUGCUUGUAAUAUUCCUUAUCAUAAUAAAAGUGACUCUCAUUUGUGUA